AUGUUCUUUACUGUUUUACUUUUGGCUUAUAUGUUUAAAUUUUCACAACCUCUCUCAUGCCUUGAUGAUGAUGGUCAUGCAGUCGACUGGUUUGUCGGUUACAAAUUACCAAAAGGUUACGACGUUGUGUUUAUGAACGCUGAUCGGAGGAACUGGCAGCUAUCCAAAUUCCCGAUAAAUGAAAAAGGAAUGAUGAAAAAUACGUUCGAAUCCAUGUUCGAUUUGAUUGAUAAGCCUGAUUCUGUGAUCGGGAUGUAUAACGAUGAGAUUCCUAAAUUGACCAAGCCAUUAGGUUAUGAUCGAGAGAACUUAUGGUGGGGUCAUAUGAAAGGUGCAUUUGCUUUCGAUUACACGGAUACGGGAUUUUGGGUUAUUCACAGUAUACCAAAGUUGUCAUAUACGAAUCUAUCAUAUGUUUACCCAAAGACCGGAUAUACAUAUGGUCAACAUUUCCUGUGCGUAACUUUGGAAAAGAAAUACCUCGAAUCUCUGAUCACACAGUUUGCUGUAGCUCGUCCAUUAUUUCAAGGUGCAUAUAUUUCAUCCAGUGUAAAGUCAGAGUUCCCAGAUUUGGCGAAAUUACUUCAGAAUCAAAAAGUGCUUACUGUAACACUAAGUAGAGUCAUUGAAAUGCAAACAGCUAAAAGUUCUUUUCAACUAAAUCAUUUCUCAAAAUCAUCGGAUUUCGGUAAAGAUCUUUAUGCUGAUUUCGUCGCGCCAAAAUUAAAAAAGUCUUUAGAUACUGAGACUUGGCAACAUGACGGAAGUAUACCAUCGGCAUGUCAUCGGCAAUAUUCGGUGAAAAAUAUUAAAUCUAUUUACAUUGGGGCUACUGGAACCACAAUACAGAAUGCACAAGAUCAUGCAAAGUGGGCUGUUACUGUGUCCUCAAAAAAGCCUACUGAAGAUAUUGGUAAUUGGAUUUGUCUUGGUGAUAUUAACCGUCAGCCUCAUCAAUUUGAACGUGGUGGUGGUACAAUGUGUAUAAAAGAUCAAAAACUAUGGCAAUCAUUUUAUGAUUUAGUUCAACGUGUAGAAGAAUGCUCAAGAACUGAUUACACUUUUGUUACUACCCAUUUAUUUAAACGACUAUGGACUUUGAUUGAAAUCGUGCAGUUUUUUUAUGCAUAA